UUCCACCCUCGGAUACUACACGCACACGGCGCGAAGCUGGAGCCGCAUUCAUAUCCCUGUCACACCCGAGCAGCGUGAGCGAGAUAUUGUCAAACAUGCAGAAAUACAGAAAUAUGAGCAAUGAGGAAAUCAUUAAGAGCUUAAAGAAAUAUGGCCUAUCACAUGGACCUGUAGUUGGCUCCACUCGUACAUUAUACGAAAAGAAACUUUUGGAGUUUGAAAGCGAAAGAACAACAUUGCCAUCUUCUGCAAAUUCUUCUCCUGAGAGCAGGGAACAAUAUAGUAAAAGACACUUUGAUGAUGAGGAUGAUUCUUCCUAUACGAGCAGGGAACAAUAUAGUAGAAGAAACUAUGAUGAUGACAAUGGGGACAAUGAAACUUAUGAAGAAGAGGUUUACACCAGAACUUCCCGUUACCCAGAAGUGUAUCAGAGGCCUGAUCUGCAAAACAAAAGCUACAGCAGCCCGGGAAGCAUGUACCAAAACAUAUCCCAGGUACGUCAUCAGUCCAGCUAUUCACAAGGGGUGGAGCCACGGAAACCUAUCCGUCCAAAAAAGAAGGAGGAGGAGGAAGAGAAGCCCGUGAAGCGAUUCUUACCACUGUGGCUGCAACUCUUCCUGUUUGUCCUGUUCGCUGGGUUUCUGGUGUAUCUGUACCUGUGUCAGGCAGAUGACAACCCUUUCCGUGCCAUUGGUCUAGACCUGUAACUGAGUGGGGCAGGACUGAGGAUGCAGGAUGCUCCACUACUGUCACAGUUGAGACAACUGCGUGAUCUCAGUGUUUCGUCAUGCAGUGGCUGCAUUCUGCGACCCUCUAACUUAUCCACUUAGCAUUCACCAGCAUGGCAUCUGUGUCCUCUUUUUCUAUUGUGAAGCAUCUAGAUUUGUUUAUAAUUAAAAUGCUGACAUACUUCAACUUAAAAUCAUACCACUGUUAUGGUGCCUUGUCAUACGCUUAGAGUGAACCUUUUUUCCUGACAUGUGUAAUAUAUAUUAUAACUACAAUCUGAAUAAUGUGAUUCUGUUAUCUGUUGAUACUGACAAAUUCAAAGGUCCUAUCAGUGUCUGGGCCUGAUUUCAGAGCUAUACACAAACCCAAUGGUUUGAGUACAACUCUGAUGGCUGAGAGGCCUGCGAAGGUCCUGUGUCGUUGCACGCAAUGCUCCCUAGGCCGCAGCUUGAUUGACAGGCUGUGGCCGUUUUGGGGGUGGGGAGGUGGUAGUGCUGGGCAGCUUUACUGAAAAUAGGAGCGCCCCCCUUUUCUAUACGUGCCGUGGCCAAGCUUGACGCAGAUUUCCAGGACUCUGCUACGGAGCUACAAUGGCUAAUCGGAGUUGCCUCAGGCUUACGCAGAUGGCCGAUGUGCGCACAAGUGAUUCGAUGGCUGCUUCAUCGAAAACAGCUGCAGAUCACAGAAGACAGUAGGUGUCUUAUUUACACCAGACGCCUCCGGCGUUAACAUCAUUUAGUAAUAGUAGGUGAAUCAGCUUUGUCUGUCAGAAGAGUGUUCUUUAGCUUUAUGUUAGGUUUAUGAUAUAUAGGGCGGGAUGUAAUGGAGUACGGGAUGCCGGACGAUCUCGGGUGUUUUUUUAAAGGGGCAAUCAUUUACAAGGCAAAACUAUGCCUUGUAAAUGAUUGCCCCUUGAAAAAAACGUCAGAGACCGUCCGGCGAUUUUAGACUCCAUUACAUCCCGCCCAUUGCAUUUACAAAUGGCGUUCACAAUCAUAAAUUGUGUUUUUCCUUCUAUUCUGAGCAUCAAAAUGUAUCUUCUUUUAAAGACAAAAUGUACAUAACCACUUGAACUUUUAUUAUCUGUUAUAUAUACUAAAAAAUAAAAGCUUUUUUGUAUUCUAAAGAUAUAAAUAUCAUUGUCAUUACAAAAUAACUUUUUAGAUCCUAGUUUUGUCACAGCUGACAGAGCUGCAAGUAAAUCAGCUAGUUUUCUCCAUAACCAUACUAAUAUACAGUAUAUUGAUAUAUUUUUUGUACUCCAGUAAUAACCACUUUUGCCUUCUUACUAUGUAGUGAUUUAACUCGUAUUGGUGUGUGUACAUUUGUACUUCUGUUUUUUUUGUAUUUUUGAGAUGCAAACACGGUUUUAUAGCUAUCAAAAAUUGAUAGCAGCCAUAUUACUUCCUGGUAGACAUCCGCUGAGGUAAAAUUUGAUAGCAGCCAUAUUACUUCCUGGUAGACAUCCACUGAGGUAAAAUUUGGAAGCGGCCAUAUUACUUCCUGGCAGACAUCUGCAGAGGUAAAAUUUGAUAGCAGCCAUAUUACUUCCUGGCAGAAUUCAGCUGAUGUAAAAUUUGGAAGCGCCCAUAUUACUUCCUGGCAGACAUCUGCUGAGGUAAAAUUUGAUAGCAGCCAUGUUACUUCCUGGCAGACAUCCGCUGAGGUAAGAUACUUUUACAACAUGAAUAAUAAUUUAAUCUAUGAUUUAUUUAAUCUUUUUAUUUUCCCAUGCCUUAUUUUCAGUUUGCGAAAACUUGGCUGAGUAAAAUAAUUGAAAGUAACUUGUGGAAAUGAUGCUUUUAGCUUUAAUUAUUUAAUUUGGGCCAAAUAGUUUUAACUGGGUAAUAAGUGCAAGAAAUUGAAGCAGAACUCUGUGUCCUAGAUGAGAUGUGUUGUGUCCAAAGGUUUGAGGUACUUUACUGGUAAGAGGUUGGCUCACUAAAAUAAUGAUGUUAGAUGGCAAAAACUGAACAGUUCAAGUGAAAUUAAGCCCAAUAAAUAAAACGCCUGUAUAAAAACUCCAUGGGCCAGAUGUAAUGACGCCUGAGUUCAGCGGCCAAACUUUUUGUCGCUUUAAAAAAUGUCCGAGUUUGCUGGCAUCCCACACGGCUGCUGAACUCGGGUGUCAUUGCAUCCAGCCCACUAUAUAUGUGAUAUUGGUAAAUGGGUGCUUUCAUAACGCCACGAUGAUGCGUCCCAUUUACUCUGCUGUAUAUACUUAGGCCAGGACAUUCACAACACUGCUCUCAUUGUGAUAUGAAAGGCGCUAGAUCAGGGAAGUUUUUUCUUUGAUUGUUUCAGCUAAGGAUGGAUAUUCACAGUCACAUAACGACAUGAUAACUGCAGUGACCAUUUGGUGACGGUAACGUGGGAUGGGUUGGCAUUGGCUACAAAAGCGGGCAUGUCGCCACUUUCCUGGGUAUGUCCUAGUCAAGCCAUUGUGAAUUCGUUUUCAGUUACCCUGGUCCAGUGUCUUAGUUGAGACGGACAUUCUGGACACCAUAGAUUCAGAAGUUCCAUCAUGCGACCGUUGUUCUCCACGUUGCGUUAUUUGUACAUAAGCGACGGAUCUAACAGAAGACAGCGGCUGCUGGCUGAGUCCGCUGCAUCCGAAAGCACAGUUGCAAAUGCUACUACACGCACCACUGAAUCAUUCCCAAUGUUUUGCUUUUGCAUCAUUUUAGCGGGGUACUCACAGAGCGAUAAUCUAAGCAAUCUGACUAGAUUGCUUAGAUUUUAAGCAUGAUCUCUCCGUGUGUACCCCCCACAGCGAUAGCGAUGUGUGACCCUGCGCGUCGCUAUCGCUGGUGCUAGAUUGGCCUGAGCGGUUCGCUUAAGUUUAGUUUUUCAGCACAAAAUAAGUGACGAAAACAGUGAUGGUGGAGGGGACUUUACAUUUUUGUGACUGGAUAUAUUACACUAUCUUUUACUUUUUUAUAUAUAUAUAUAUAUAUAUAUAUAUAUAUAUAUUCCUGACAUUUUCUUAUUCUUGCAUGCCAAGUAAAGGCUGUGCCCAAGGAGAGGGAAUAUGACAAUGCCCGGCAAACACUGCCCGACCUUCUGUCCAGGCUGAUAAAGUGCUAUGAUUGGGUGGCGUGUGCGCCUGUAUACGGGAUCUCUCAUGCAUAUGCUUUGUGUUUCUAUUCAUACGCAGUGUUAUAGAUUAGCUUUAUGGGUUUAUAUUUAACCGUUUUCAUAUACAGGUUGAGUAUCCCAUAUCCAAAUAUUCCGAAAUACGGAAUAUUCCAAAAUACGGAAUUUUUUGUGUGAGAGUGAAAUAGUGAAACCUUUGUUUUUUGAUGUCUCAAUGUACACAAACUUUGUUUAAUACACAAAGUUAUUAAAAAUAUUGUAUUAAAUGACCUUCCGGCUGUGUGUAUAAGGUGUAUAUGAAACAUAAAUGAAUUGUGUGAAUGUACACACACUUUGUUCAAUGCACAAAGUUAUAAAAAAUAUUGGCUAAAAUUACCUUCAGGCUGUGUGUAUAAGGUGUAUAUGUAACAUAAAUGCAUUCUGUGCUUAGACUUAGGUCCCAUCACCAUGAUAUCUCAUUAUGGUAUGCAAUUAUUCCAAAAUACGGAAAAAUCCCAUAUCCAAAAUUCCUCUGGUCCCAAGCAUUUUGGAUAAGGGAUACUCAACCUGUAUAAGUAUGAUAACACAUUUUGAUAAAUCGUUUUGUUUGCCAGUUUGAAAAGAGCUUUGGACACUUUCUAAAUCUGUUGCACCAAUCCUCCACAAAUCUGUAACUAAUAUGGGCAGAUGGCGAGAACACGAGUCCCUGCUAGCUGGGGAAGGCAUGUUGUAACUUGUAGUGCCACAACGGUUACCUAACCUUGAUCUAUAGCAUAUAAACAUACUAUACAUUAACAUGAGAUGCUGUUAGAUAGCGUCCUUAUAGCCAAACCUGAAGACAGUACAGCAUGUACGGGGUCAGUUGCUCUAAUGUUCCAUGUGUUGUAUCUUUGUGCUGCACUACAUUACAAAAUGGUCAGUGGCAGUGGAGGCAUUCCUCCACCCCUCUGCCAUAUAAUUCAGGGACAGACUGGCCAGCCCAGCAGGGAGCGUGGCUGUCAGCAUUCUGUAUGGUGGCUUGUCCUGACACUCCUGGCAGCACUCUCCACCAAUCAGAAUGAUGGGAACCAUCUGUGGGGUAUGACGGCAACCAAACUACAUCUGUGCUUGAGAUUGGCAGUAUAAACCUUUUAGAUGUUUGGGGGCUUGCAUAGUAAACCACUCAGAUAUCUGGGUUGCAUUCCAGGGCAUAUACACAGCAUAUACUGUGUGUGUGUGUGUGUGUGUAUAGGAUUGCAAAUGGAUCGUCACUCCUACUGUAGACAAGUUUAACACCUGGGUGCCUUCAGUGCUUAUGAGUAGAGAAAGGGAAGAUGCUGCGGCACUCACAGAUAUUUAGACAGAAAGUUUUGUUCUGUUGCUCAGUGUUCCAUUGCAAUAACGAUGUGUGUGGCAUCUUGAUAAGAAAACAUUACACUUUAACAUCAAGAGUGAAUUGUAGAGGUCUGCAGUGUUAAUGACGCCAGAUUUUGGAAAAGGCUACACUGCAGAGCUGCCAAUGCUUUAGGAUUUACAUUGUAAAGCCAACAGAUGUUAGGGGUCCUUUAUUGUGUAGUGGCCACCACAACAGGGCAGCCUUGCAUAGCAGCUACUAGUAUGGGCUGUUGUUUGUUUGUUUGUUUGUUUUUUCCAAAGGUUAAUAAAAUGGUCUUCAUACAGUUAAUUUGUCACUAGCUAGCUCUUUCUACAGUGCAUCGGUCCCUAAUGUGCUUUCUACUGUACAAUGGUCACUUACAUUCUUUAUAUUUUAUAUAGAUCAGUAAAAUUCUCUCUCUGUAAUGUAUACAGGUCACUGGAACGCUAUCUGUAUUGUACUGAAGCUGUCAGAAUACUUUUUGUAUCAGAUCACUAGAAUGCUCUCUGUUGGCUACUACAGCUUGCUCUGCAUUAAUUACUUAUCCCUAGCGACUAAGUGCAUGGUAGUUGAGCGCAGGUCUUUGAAAUAAAAACCUGUUUCACUGGCCCCAUGGUUUGCGCACAGCUAUCUUAUUGCUGUGACCCCCAGCUGCAGUACGCGGGGCCACUUACUUGUGUUUGCUCCUCACGGCACAGGUCAGCAGCCCUCGCCUACACAUGGCUUAGAUGGGAAAUGAGUGAUCAGCAUCCGGAAACGCUUGCUCUUACUAACGGAAUGACAAAAAAAUGGGCUGUAGCAUGAAUUAGCUGCACAUCAGGAAUAGCACUCAUUUCCGUGCAUAGCUUCUAAAUGCCAAAUGUGUCUUCCUGCAUGCAAGAUGUCAUUCUUAGUCUAAUCUACAGGUGGCUUGUAUUGUAGAGGAAUAUUCAUAAUGCCAUUAGACUCCAAAUGAGUGAGCAUUACAUUAUGGGAGUUGUCCUGCUCCAAGGGCCACAAAAAAAACAGUAUAGUACAUCCCAUCCAUGCUGAUUAGGUUCACAGGCUCUGCAGCCAGGUGCCCCAGAAUCUGUUUUACAAUGUCAGCAAAUAUGCAUCAUACGCACUAUGGGGGCAAUUCAGACCUGAUCGUAGAUGUGCGAAAACACACAUUUACCACCAACUUCUUAGACAUGCGGGGGGACGCCAGCACAGGGCAAGUCUGAGAAGGUUAAAGGUUACAGCGGCUGCAUGUGACGUCACGUAGCCGCCCCAGCAAUGGUCCGGACACGCCUCCGUUGUCUGGACCGCGCCCCUUAAGCGUAGCGUUGACGCCCACAAAAAGCAUUGAGUUUAGGACCUUGCACAUACGCGAAUGCGCAGAGGUGCGAUUUUUGCACACUUGCGACAGGGUCUGAAUUAGGCCCUAUAUUAGGUGACUUUUAGCUACUAAUAACACAUCACAACUGUACAAAUUUUAGACAACAAUUUUUCCUAUGCGCAGUAAACUAUCUGUCAGGGAACCCGUAAGAGCUUAUCCAUAUAUAGUCCGCUGUAUAUAGGAGGUGAUUCAGAUCUGAUCGCUGGGCUGCUAAUUUUGCUAUCCUGCGUUUAGAUAGUCGCCGCCUCCAGAGGAAGUGUAAAUUCGCAGUGCAAGUGUGCGAUCUCGUGUACGCCGAGCUGUGAAAAUCCACUUUGUGCAGUUUGUGUGCAGCCCAGGACUUACUCCUCCAGUGCGAUGAGAACCGACUGAACUGGGCCGGAGCUGACGUCAGACACCCUCCCUGAAAACGCUUGGUAACGCCUGCGUUUUUCCUGACACUCCCAAUAAAUGGUCAGUUGCCACCCACAAACGGCCUCCUCCUGUCAAUCCUCUUGCGAAUGCCCGUGCGAUCGGAUUUUUUACACCAUCGCAGACCGGCGAUGCCCGUUGUUGUUGCGGGACACGAGUGCACAUUGCAGAGCAUGCGCAGUUAAGACCUGAUCGCCUGCAGUGCGAAAACGCACAGCAGCGAUCAGAUCUGAAUUACCCCCAUAGUCCGCUGCAUGGGUCAAAUGGCCAGACCUGACCGGAAACUAUGAAUGUGAUGAUGACCUCACACAUGGUGCUGCAGGGAUUAGGCAUGCGGCACUAUGACCCCUCUAGCGUCUAAAAGCCCCUAGUCAGCCAUCGGACUCGCAGAAAGAACUGUAAACUAUUACUGAUGACAAAAAUAAGUGAGACAACAAACAGUGUCAAAUUGUGUGUGUAUGUGUGAUUAUAUUCUUAAUUGGAUCAACUUUUAUUAGAGAUGUCAUGGUGCGCUUUAAUCUACACAUGAGAAGAACCAAGUGCAUUUGAUGGUAUCUGGAUAAUUGAUGUACAGUGUCUAGGUAGACAGUCAAUAGGUCAACAGGUACGAAAGUCGACAGAUGAAAG